AAAAACCAAAACUUGGUGUGAGAAGAACAGAACAAACAAGAAGCUGCAACUGCAAAAGAAUCAACUGAAGCCAUAACAUCAGCAUCUGAAAAUGAGACAGUUCGAUCCAUGGCCAGUUUUCUUCAAGAGAGAAUGGAAACGUACUUGGCCAUUCCUCGUUGGAUUCGCCGUCACCGGAGCUCUUGUCACCAAAUUCUCUCUUGGUCUUACCGAGGAAGAUGCUAAGAAUUCAAAAUUCGUUCAGCAUCACAAAAGGUAA